GCUCGGGGACCAUCAACACCCCAAGGCGGUAGACAUACGUUGUAGAAUGGAUGGACGGUGAUGUACCUAGUGCUCCGCUGGAGCAAGCAAAAUCACUGGGCCUCCGCCAAGGAACGUCGUACCGGCGGUUGACAUCCGAUAGUGCGAAGGGAGACAGCGAUGAGGCAGAAACAUCAGCAAAAUGUUAUCUUGGGUCUGUGUUCUUUCGCAGCAUUCUCCGACCCCCCUUCGGACCGUACAAUAGAUAGACGCGAAUCAGCCUCGCGACACCAUGGCACUGGCACUGGCACUGGCACUGGCUCCUACUCGGUCUUUCGUCAAGUCGCAGGAUACUUUUCUGUGGCGGGCUCGUGAGAAGACGACGACAAGACGAAGACGGCUUUUUAUUAAACAUCUCAAUAAUACGUCACAAGGACCCGCGUACCCAGGUGAAGGGCUUGAUGUCGCAACAAUGGCGGCGAGGUUGCAUAACCGACGGUCGCUUACUAUGCGGCCAACACACGUAUGGGCUGGGAGAUAAGCGUGGGGAAUGCGAUGCAUGCAGGCUGGUACAAACCCCAGCGCAGGGUUAGGGUCGACGACUCGGCCGCAUACGGGGAAAGGGGUGCAUGGAGUGGAAGCAGCAUUUCCU